AAUGUAAUAUUUUUUUAUGUGUACUCAAUAACAUUUAUUGUAAAAUGUGAAAAAUAUUGUAUUAAUUCACUUCCUAUGUAAUUUUUUGAAUACUUGAAAAUCUGUACAUUUAUAUUGCCCCGAAAAUGUAUCAAAUAUGCUAUUUAAAGGUGUUUAAAAAAAUGUAGUGCAACUGGUUACUCGUACUUUGUGGUUGUAUCGAUUACGAUUUCUGAUGAUGUUUUUUUUAUAUAUUAAACCCACAGUGGGUCGUAUUCUGUCAGUAGAGGUUUCUUAAUGAGAAUGUGAUAAACAUGUUUGUUUCACAUGAAAAUAAUUGUAAAAAGAAUUUUCUGAAGCCAAAUAUUCUAAGAAAAAAAUCAAAGACUGCAAUAAGAGCAAAUGUACAGGGCCCAUGUAUACCUUCUGAUAGCCAAUCUGCAGUAACACUGGCAACCCAAGAGACAUCUGACAGCAUACUUACAGAUAGUUUUACUGGAUAUAACUAUGAUGUACCAUUAGAGAUGCCUAGGACACCAAUACCACUUAAGUUAGAUACUCUUCUAUAUGACAAUGUAACAACCAAGCUACCUGACAUCAAGCUUGAAAUGGAGGGUAAUGUCUCUGAGAACAAUUUAAGUAUGAGUAAUUAUGAAGAUGAUCAUAAUCAGGCAGUUAAUGUUGAGUCCUUCUUCAAUAAUGGUGUGACGGAAGCAGAGAAUGUAUUAAUGUUUAAUAUAAACCCAGACAAGGAAUUACGCACUCUAGUGGUUAUAGAUGAUGAAUCUCACGUAAAUAGUAUGUACUCUGAGCAAAACCAGGAUGUAUUAAGAAAUAUGGUGCCUUUAUCAUCAGUAUCUUCAAUAAAACAUGAUCCUGCACAAGACAUGCAACCUGAAGCGAGCACUACUACACCUGAUCAAGAUUUAUUUCAACAACUCAUAGCUACACCUGUUAAGUUCAAAUGUGAAGCGCCAAAUUGCAAUAAAGAGUUUAGAAGUGAACAAAAGUUAAAAAAACACGAAAAUAUCCAUAAGAAAGAUAGCGGCAGCGCACCAAGACAAAUCACAGUGGAGUGUCCCGUAAAAAAAGUUCUGCCCGAUGGUACCGAACAGCCGUGCGGGAAGAUUUAUUUAGUACGAGAGCAGUUAGUCAGACACUUGAACGAGGAUCACACUCUCGAAGAUGCCAGCUAUAGGUGCUCGGAGUGCGGGCGGCAGUUCUUCUGGGCGUCGGGGCUGCGGGCGCAUGCGCGGGCGCACGCAGUGCCGCGCCCCCCCGCCGCGCUCGUGUGCGCCUGGGCCGGCUGCGGCCGGCAGUUCCGGCAGCCCUGCCGCCUGCGGGAGCACGCGCGCGCACACACCGGCGACCGGCCCUACGCCUGCCCCUACCCGGACUGCGACUGGUCGUUCCGGUCGGCGAGCAAGCUGGAGCGGCACGCGCGGCGACACACGGGCGAGCGGCGGCACGAGUGCAGCGCCUGCGGGCGUGCUUUCCUGCGACGAGACCAUCUGCGGGAGCACGCCGCGCGACGUCACGCGCACGCAGCGCAUCGCUGCACGCGACUGGUCGUUCCGGUCGGCGCACGCAAGCUGGAGCGGCACGCGCGGCGACACACGGGCGAGCGGCGGCACGAGUGCAGCGCCUGCGGGCGUGCUUUCCUGCGACGAGACCAUCUGCGGGAGCACGCCGCGCGACGUCACGCGCACGCAGCGCACCGCUGCACGCACGCAGGUACAGACAACGCGACAUCUGCGGGAGCACGCCGCGCGACGUCACGCGCACGCAGCGCACCGCACGCAGACAACGCGCGACGCCGCGCGACGUCACGCGCACGCAGCGCACCGCUGCACGCACGCAGGUACAGACAACGCGACAUCUGCGGGAGCACGCCGCGCGACGUCACGCGCACGCAGCGCACCGCUGCACGCACGCAGCACGCCGCGCGACGUCACGCGCACGCAGCGCACCGCUGCACGCACGCAGGUACAGACAACGCGACAUCUGCGGGAGCACGCCGCGCGACGUCACGCGCACGCAGCGCACCGCUGCACGCACGCAGGUACAGACAACGCGACAUCUGCGGGAGCACGCCGCGCGACGUCACGCGCACGCAGCGCACCGCUGCACGCACGCAGGUACAGACAACGCGACAUCUGCGGGAGCACGCCGCGCGACGUCACGCGCACGCAGCGCACCGCUGCACGCACGCAGGUACAGACAACGCGACAUCUGCGGGAGCACGCCGCGCGACGUCACGCGCACGCAGCGCACCGCUGCACGCACGCAGGUACAGACAACGCGACAUCUGCGGGAGCACGCCGCGCGACGUCACGCGCACGCAGCGCACCGCUGCACGCACGCAGGUACAGACAACGCGACAUCUGCGGGAGCACGCCGCGCGACGUCACGCGCACGCAGCGCACCGCUGCACGCACGCAGGUUGUAAACAUGUCUUCAGUAAUACGAGUUCACUCUACCUGCAUAUGAAGAAAGUGCACAGAAACCAGGAGAGCGAGAAGACGACCCCUGAGAAUGCGGACGACCCCUCACUACUGAAGAACAAUUGGGAUUUUAUAUUUUUGACAGUGGAGGGUGUGGAAGAACCAGAAGCUAGUGAAGGGAAAGCUUUGGAAACGGAGGUGGAGUCGAAACCGGAACCGGAAAUGGAAGCAGAAGUAGAGGCCGGGCGAGCGGCUCGUACGCAUUGUCCCUGGCCGCUGCAGUCCCGUGCGCUCCAUCAAUACGUCAUGGAGGAGGAAGGCGCCAACGUUGCUCAAAGUGUGGUGGAACCAUCUGAAAAUUCGGAAAGUAAUAUAUAUACCGUUAGAAGUGACCUCUUCCUCCACGGAAAUGUUCUUAUCAACGAAGAUAGCGAACAUAUGGGCGCGGUGUGUGUGCCGGGCGCGGGGCCGGAGGCGGAGCCCGAGCCCGCCGCCGACGACCGCGCCGACCACGCGCUCGGGGAACUCGGGCUGCUCGAUGCGCACCCCACCAUUGAUCUCAUGCAGGAGGAGUUAAUGUACACCGUGUGGCAGUAAUCGUGCAUUAUAGGAGAAUAUCUUCUUUGAUCCAGAAACAAAGCGGAAGGAAGCUAAAUAAUCACAAGCUAGGUUAGUGUUAGGGAACAGCAGCUCAAAGCGAGUCAUUGUUGCAACCUCCAUGGACGGUCAAGCGGCUUGAGUCAAGCUUAGUAUAUUUUGACAUUUAUAACAUAGAAGAUACAGGGCUUAGGGGCGUUCAACGUUGGCUAUAGAAGCAGAUUAAACUGCGUUCUUGAUUACGCCGUUUUACCGUCUACGGUGGCCCAUUAUAUUAAUAUCGUAUUUAUGUCACUGGAAGUGAUAGAUGUUUUUAUGUAGUAUAUGUAAGUGAUGCCUGUAGUCUAUAUGUAGGAACAUUUUUAUAGUAAAUUUAAGGCCUUAAUUAAUUGAAAAAUAAGGUCUCCUUAUCUUUUGUAUACAAUAAUCGACGAUGACAAUUUUGAAUAGACUGGAAUAAGUAUUGAUUGUGUAAUUAAAUCUAUACAUAGAUCGCUAAAUUACUGGUAUUUACAGUACUUACCAUAAUGCUAAAAAUGUCCUUACAUUGUCCGGCUUAUAGCAUAGACAAACAUUUAUAUUGAAAAUAACACUGAAGUACAGUUGUAUGUGUCGAUCUUGUUAUCACUAAUUGAAAAAUGUACAAAUACGCGUGGGUCCCAGCAAUUAAAUUUAGUUCUUAUUACAAAAUUAUAAGGUGGAGAAAGAUUUAUAAAUUAUUUGUUGACAAAAUGCUUCUUUGAAAGUUUUGUAUGUCAUAUAAUGUAGCAAAGCAUUGGUGUCUUAUACAUGAACCUUUUUAUGAUGUAUUGGUAGUCUUAAUGUCCUAUGUAUUGUUACUAUAGCUAAGAAGAAUAAACUCAGUUUGAUAAUAUAAUGUGAACAGAAGCGUAUGUGUAAUUUUAUGUGAUAUCGGAUAAAUAUAGCUAAUAUUAUUUAUGUAGAUACAAAAUGAAUACAAUCUCUCUUACGGUUUUAUGCAUUUGUAAUUUUUGCCAAAUUAUUAACAAAGGUACAAAUUGUGCAUAUAUAGUUAAAAAUUGAAUUUAGGGUGCAAUAAUUUAUUUCCUAUUUUUUUUAAUGAUUCGGAAAUGUAAGUUUAUUAGAACGAAAGUUCAGUGUGUAAUAUUGGCUUCCAAAUUUUUUUAAUGCACUGGACAUGAAAAAUUUUAGCUAUAAUCUUAUUGUUUCAUUCCCGCUGAUUUUGUUUUAUUUUGUGUUACAAGCACCAUUGUUUUGAAGAACAGUCAAGUAUGUAUCUCUUAAAUUGUUUCAAAAACGACUUUAAUAGAGUUCUUUCCUUACUUGUAGCUGUGAUAAAUAUUAUUGACACAAGUAAUACAAUAUGUAUAUAAAUAAAAAAGGCUUGCUACAUAGAAGCAUUAUACAUACAUUGCCUUAUGAAUGUACGGUUUUCAAUGGGAAGAAGUAAUAAAAAUGUCUGUAGUGAAAUGUUAAUACUAUUUGGAAUAAUUAUUGUAUUUAUUACUUAAUAAGUUAAAAAUGUAUCGUAUGGAUUUGUAUUAUAAUUUACACAACCGCAAUAAAAAAUGAGUCGUAACCAGUUAUUUAGAAAUCACAGAGGCAUUGUUUAACUUUAAUGUUUUGAAACUUUGUUUAUUUCCUGUUAUUGUGGUUUGGUAGAUUUUGUAAAAGAUUUCUCUCCACUUUGUGUACUGGACCUGAAUCCCAUGUAUAGUUGAUAUAAUGUGUAGAUACCGAAGUUAGCGGUUCAUUAAAAAUGUAUCGCAAAGAAGCAAUGAUCUCUAGAAAUGCCUUUUAUAUUAAGGACUGCGUGGAUUGACCAUAAUAGCAUAAAAUCUAUUUUUGUGAUAAUAUUAAUUAGAUGUACAAUGGAUAUUUUCCAUGUUGUAUGGAAGUUAAGUCUGAAUAGAUUUAAUAUCCGAGGUUAGGUUGGUGGUUACCUUUAUUAUUGUAUACUUGAUUGUAAGUGUGUUUUACUAUAAUAUAAUAAAUGUUUUUAACAGUUAAUCCUAUUUAUAGCAUACGAAAGACGCGAUAAAAUUAUAUUGUGAUAUUUAAGUCAAAAUUGUGCAAUUGUAAAGAGCCGAAAUCAGACAUAAAUAAUAUAUACAAUAUCAUAUUUAUAGUUAAAAAAUGAGCAAGUUCUUUCAAGUUUUAUUAUUGUAAAUUUAACAUUUCGAAUUUAAUAUUUAAUUUUUAGGCGUGUUUUAUAUCAGCGAGUGAUUUGCGUGCGUGCUUUACCUACUAUGCAUGUUAAGUUCACUAUAACUCGACAACUUUGUUGACAACCGGCCCUCGUGCCUCUCCGAUCAAUCCGCUGACCCAUGGAAAUUAUAACCUUUUACCGCUGCAUAAGUCCUUUCGUAGGUGAAGCAUGAUAGGUCAGCUGCGCCUAACAGAAUUAUAAUAGUUCUCACCUUUGGAUUGGCAGACAUGACAGUUCCAGGUUGAAUGAUACAGUACAUAACAUUUAACCUGCAACUCUGUCAUGUCUGCCCAUCUAAUGGUGAGAACUAUGAUAAUGCUGUUAGCCGCAGUGUUUGCAUGCACACUCCGCAUUCUUAACUUAUGGCUAUAAAGUGCCGCACACGCAGUUAAUAACUAUUAUUGUAAUUGUGUCUAUUGUUAUACAGCAGUAUGCAGUGUUCAAACUACUUUUAGAUGUAAUAAAUAUUAUUAAAUAUUGUACUGACAAUAUCAGAUAACUUUUCCAAGAAAUAUGUAGAUUGAUUUAGUAGCAUAUAAACAAACUGUAAAGAAUUUAUCUGUAAAUAAUUUUAAAGCAGUUUUUAUCCAGUUAUGAUCAGUAUAGUUAAUUUGUAAGGUGAUAAACGAACAAUAAAAUACUUAAUACGUAAAAUAUAUUACGAUCGAUACUAGAAUCUAUACGCUUUAUCACUAAAAAUCACUGGUAUCUCGUAAAGUUUUUGUACCCCUCAUCUACUUUUCUUUUAUUCGAGUGGUGGUGCCUCCGGAUUCAGUAAUUUUACUGCCAUAUCUUACACUUCAAACACAUAAACUUAUGAAGUGGAAUUUCAGAAUUUGUCUAACAAUCAUAUGAUAUAAAAUGUAUUUGGUGUACAGUUAUUGCAGAAUUUAAGCAUAAGUAUUUCAAUUUAUGUUAGACACGUUAAUAGCUCAUAUAUUGUCACUUAUUUAAUUGUAAGAAUAUGGAAAUAUCUGACACCUACAGGUAACGUCGUAGGUAUAGGUAUUUUCUCUGCAACAUGCUGUAUGCUAGGUAAACCAUCUGAUCACAGAAAGGACUGACGACCAGACCGAAGGACUAGUGUUUAUUUAAUACUUAAUUUAACUAACAUUUUAGAUAUAAACAGUGUAAAUAAGAAAAUAUAUUUUUGGAUAUACAAAAUAAAUGAUAAGAAUGGCAUAUUUUUUGAGACUGUUGUCCAAAAUAUAAUAUCAUGAUAUCAUUUUGUUAAAAUUAUAAUAAUAUAUCUAACUAGAUGUAUUGCAAAAUUAUUUUUAUAAAUGAGUUUUAUUUUGGUUGUUGCUAUUUGUUUUGUUUUAUAUUUUCGGAUGUAUACAUAUAGUGUAAGCAUAAAGUUUUCGUAUCGUACAGACACCCUAAGUCAGAUGUUUAAUUAAUCACAUAUCAGUAGUUUAGUUUGUUAUUAAUCAUAUUGUGUUUGGAUGAUGCAGAUGAAAUAAAUAUUCUUGGAUACUAUCA